GCUGUUUGCAGCCCCGCCCCCUGUCUCGGCAAAAUGGCGAAUGUGGACUAUGAUGAUGUGAACAUGGACCAAGAGAUGGAAUUACUUAGUGACGAAGAAUUGGAGAGAGAAGCGGAGGGCUACAAAGAACAAGGAAAUGCCUACUACAUUAAAAAGGAUUAUUCUGAAGCAUUUAACUACUAUACCAAGGCAAUAGACAUGUGUCCCAAGAAUGCCAGUUACUACGGAAACCGUGCAGCUACACUGAUGAUGCUAAGCCGAUAUAGAGAGGCGCUGGAAGACUCCCAGCAGGCAGUGCGGCUGGAUGACACUUUUAUGAAGGGUCAUCUACGAGAAGGAAAGUGCCAUCUGUCUCUUGGCAACGCCAUGGCUGCUAGCCGCUGUUUCCAGAAGGUUCUAGAGCUUGAACCUGACAACAGCCAGGCACAGCAGGAGUUGAAGAAUGCAGACUCGAUCCUAGAGUAUGAGAAGAUGGCGGAAAUUGGGUUCGAAAAGCGCGACUUUAGAAUGGUUGUCUUCUGUAUGGACCGUGCCUUGGAGUCUGCUUCCGCCUGCCACCGAUUCAAAGUACUCAAAGCAGAGUGUUUGGCCUUGCUGGGACGCUACCCGGAAGCUCAAUCCGUAGCCAGUGAUAUCCUGAGGAUGGACUCGACCAAUGGGGAUGCUCUGUACGUGCGAGGCCUCUGUCUGUACUAUGAGGACUGCAUUGACAAGGCUGUCCAGUUCUUUGUCCAGGCCUUGCGCAUGGCCCCUGACCACGAGAAGGCUCGCCUCGCCUGCAGAAAUGCCAAAGCACUUAAAGCCAAGAAAGAGGAGGGCAACAAGGCUUUCAAGGAGGGGAACUAUGAGACAGCCUAUGAGCUGUAUUCUGAGGCCCUGACAAUAGACCCCAACAACAUCAAAACCAACGCCAAGCUGUACUGCAAUAGGGGCACCGUUGGAUCCAAGCUGAAAAAACUAGAGCAGGCCAUCGAAGACUGCACAAAGGCAAUCAGGCUGGACGGGACCUACAUCAAGGCCUACUUACGGAGAGCGCAAUGUUACAUGGACAUCGAGCAGCAUGAGGAUGCAGUGCGGGAUUAUGAGAAGGUCUACCAAACAGAGAAGACAAAAGAGCACAAGCACCUUCUGAAGAAUGCACAGCUGGAGUUGAAGAAAAGCAAGCGGAAAGAUUAUUACAAGGUGCUGGGCGUGGACAAGAAAGCUACCGAGGACGAAAUCAAGAAGGCUUAUCGUAAACGAGCCCUCAUGCAUCAUCCAGACCGUCACAGUUCAGCUAGUGCGGAGGUGCAAAAGGAGGAGGAGAAGAAGUUUAAGGAGGUCGGAGAGGCGUUCACCGUGCUUUCCGACCCCAAGAAGAAAUCUCGUUAUGACAACGGUCAGGACCUGGAGGAUGAUGGCGUGAACAUGGGAGAUUUUGAUGCCAACAACAUUUUCAAGGCAUUCUUCGGAGGGCCAGGAGGCUAUAGUUUCGAAGGUAACUCAUCAUCUGGACCAGGAAAUUUCUUUUUCCAGUUUGGUUAAUUUGGGAAUCCAAUACCUCUGCCGUUCCAACAUCAUGGACAUAAACAAAUUCAACCCUCUAUAACUCGUACCUACCCUCAUUUUAACGUGUCUGACUGUUUCUCAGUCAGACUGUCUAUGCCAUUGACUAAAUGAAUGCUAUCCAAUGACACCAUGCAACAAACAAAUUGUGCUCAAACAGCAAGUUGAAAGUACACCUAUUACUGGUUUUGAGUUGAUUUCCUUAAAAGAAAAGAAAAAAAACAUUCUGGAAGUCUUUAAUAGCUGGUUACAUGAUGGUUUUAAAGAGAAUGGUGGCCAAACCAAGUACGAGCCUGAAUCAUGCAAUGUUUCCUAAGAGUGAUGGUGUAGCUACCGAGUCUGAGCAGUUGAAGCCCAGAGCAUCUGUGACCCAUGGGGAAACCUCUGAGAAGCUUUGGGACAGUAAGCAUGCCUCUUAAACCGCUCUCCUGGAAGUAUUCAAAGCAUGCAAGUUAGUUUCUUGCCCGGUCGUUUCCAAAGGAGGAAAUGACAUGGGUUACUUAGCAACUUGUAAUAUUGCUAUAGCCCAACACCUCCCCUCUGAACCAGUAUACUCGAGAACCAAAAUUCACCAGCUGUGGAUAUGCUUACUGACAGCUGUGUACUUGUCCCCAUGUUAUAGGAACUGUUAAGGUUCAGCAUUGAUUUUCCACAACUGCUGGAGAUCAUAUUUGUUCAUGGACUGUUGUUCAUGUGCAGUAAAGAGAUGGCUUUGUUGGCUUGUAAAGCUAGCACUUUCACCUUCUGUGUGGUUGGCUUUCUCACCUCAAGUUUUAUGUUCGAUGUUGCCAUUCACCGGUUGCUGCAUUGUAUAUUUUACUGGAAUGUAAAGUGUUAAUUUAUGUUUAUAGUUGAUAACUGUUUAUUUUAUUUUAUACAUAUGUAAUAUGUAAAUGUUGUGUUUCAUAGAGUAUCUAAGCUCUAGAUGAGAAUGCUUAUAUUAUGAAAAUGCAACCAAGGACCAGCUUCCUAAUUGCACAAACUCAGGAAAAUUUUGUUGCACUUAAACUGCAUCUGUGAAAAACUGACAUCUGUCAACUACAUCAAGCAAACAAAUCGUGUUAAAUAUAUAGCGCUAAUUAGUCAUCAAAGUAAAGAAUUGACAAACGUAUUGCGGUCAUCUGGAUUACAUGAUGACAUAAAAACCUAAUCAAGUUAACAUGCUGAGUAGGAUAUUUUGUCCAUUUGGUGCACUUCGAAAAUAAAAGCAUUCUCAUCUCUCAUCAUAAGUUGGAACAACUACUACCACACAGUCAUGUAAAUAAAGUUAGCCUCUCUGGAUUCCUCCCAUGAAA